AUGAUAUCUAUAGCGUUAUGGAUGGUAUAUGCCCUAAUCGGCUACUUUCUUCUGAAACGACUCAUUCUCGAGCACAUUUACAUUGAUCACCGUGGAAAGUAUGUGUUCAUCACUGGCUGUGACAGCGGUUUCGGUCGAUUACUUGCACUUAAAUUACUGAAAAUGGGAGUGAACGUCUUUCGCCGGAUGUUACACCGAAAAUGGUCGCGAAGAUCUAAUCAAAUGCGGUCAUCAAAUUCUUUCGGGCGGUCAACUACAUACGGUUCUGAUCGACGUCACCAGCGACGAGAGCGUUAUCAAAGCAAAAGCCGAGGUUGA